AUGGGUAUAUUACGACUUAGGCACCACCUGGAGCCAUUUGCAGAAACAAUAUUUUUACAGGAUGAGAAAUAUCCAGGGCAAGGAGUCGCCAAUGUGAAAUCCGUGGUAAUCGAUGGGCCUAGUCUUGUGUACCAUAUUCACCAUCGUCUGCUAUCGUGGUCUCAUACAGAACUUGGCUACCCCGAUAUACAACCAACCUGCGAUGAAGUGAGCCAUGGGGUCAUGAAAUUUCUCCUGCAUUUGACAAUGUUAGGUGUGAAGAUAGACAAAAUAUGUUUCGAUGGGGCUUUGCCACCUUCAAAGCAGGAGACACGGCUCGCUCGCCUGGAAAAAACAAGAAAAAGACUUCAGGUGUUUCGCGCUAGCAAAUUAGCUAUUCCAGUGAUACCUUCUACCGCGAAGGAGCCAAUCGCACACCGGCUCGGAAAUCUAUUUCUAAACCAAACCCUUCCGCCCAAGUUCAAUCUGGUGCCGGAUAAUCCUUUCAUUGUUCCCGCGGUCUAUGAAGACCUCAGACAACGUUGGAGUCGGGAGAACAUACACAAAGCAAUUCGGGGCACCUCUUCAAUGAGCAUGACUGUAGAUCAUCUCGAGAGCUUUCCUUGGGCCAAAGUCACCAUAAUGGUCCCAGGAGAGGCAGACGCUUACUGUGCCUAUUUAGCCAUGAAAAAUGGUUCUUCAAUACUUACCAAUGAUUCAGACCUGCUCUUGUAUGAUAUAGGCUCGUCAGGGUCAGUUAUAUUUCUCAAUUCCAUAAGCACGGGGCACACAAACCCACAGACAUUGAUAAAAGCUCAAAGACUGUGUCCUAAUGCCAUCGCGCGCCGACUGGGAUUAACAACCUUGCUACCACUGGCGUUCGAAUUAUACUCAAACCCAGGGAUUGGGAUUAAAGAGCUAAUCCAGCGGUCAAAGAUCUUAGACCAGGCACCUGCCCUUGUCUCAGAUUAUACUCACUUUUCAAGGGAAUAUCAAUACCAGAUUCCAUCAAAGACUCUCAUUGACAACAUUGAACAUCGAUAUCCUCAGUCACUCGAUACCAGAGUCUCAGAAUUGGUAUCUCAGCAUAUAUUCCCGGAGACCUAUUUACACGAACACUCAUUGAGCAUGUAUCUCGUGAUUCCAAAUGAGGAUCCCAAGCGGCAAUGCGCUUGGAUGCAUGGGCGUGAGAUCAGAGUCAUAGGCUAUUCUGUCCUCAAUCUGUCACAGCCGUCCGACAAGAGGCAUGAGUACAUUGCUGAAUACGUUAGGCGUGGUGAGAGAAUUACAGCUGAUCAAAUCACUCUUGAGAGUCGAUCGUGGGUACUGGCAAAGAUUCAAUCUUUGCUCGACCUACUACACGCCGUCCAUGUGAAGACUGGCCUUGAGAUUGACUGCCCUUUUUAUUGGAGGACUUUUGCGCUCUACACUAUAUGGGCACAACAGACGACGUCUAAAGCCCCGAAGCCGGGUCAGCUGAAACACCUGCUGACCUCCGGGUAUAUGGGUCAUAAGUUGGACUGGGACGAUGUUCAUAUCGUAGCCCAGAUUCAGUGUGUGCUUUACUCAUUAAGGAUGCUCAACCAGUUACUUGGACUAUCACACGUUUCCAGUGGACAGACGACACGAGCAGCUACCUUCCUAAGUCAUUUACCUCCGCUGCAUAUCUUGAUGAAGUCAGCAUACGAGAUUAAAGAGGAGUUUACAUCGGGCAUCUCCGCUGAGGAAGUUGUGAAUCGAUCAAUGAUGUUGUGGGAUGCAAACGUCGACGGCGAUUGCCGGGCCCCAGAGCCGCAAAUGUCCUCCAACAUCGCUGAAUUCCCGAGACCAGAAGACCAGGGAUCUCUUCAUGACCCGACGGCGGUAAAGCGUACUUCGCGGGCAAAGCCAUCGAAUAUUUUCGAGCUUCUCUCACGGCAGUGA